GUCAAGCAAACAACCCUUGCGCCCACGUAUCAACGAGCAAUACCCUUCAUCCAUCUUUUGGCUAUUUGGCAGUUUCUCCACGAGCACCUCCAAUCUCCCUGUCCACUAGUCCAGUCCAGGACCAAAGAAAGGAUAACUCGAUCAACCCAAUCUACUCGUAACCAUUGCAACGACAUGGCAUCCUUAACCCUCCACCCCCUCUUCCCAGCAACUGCACCAGGCGUCUCCACGACAUCAACUCCUAGCCGCGAUAUUCUCCGACGCGGCACCAGACGGCUCACGACCACGUGCAAGGCCGAGCCUAGCGGUGGCAACAGCACCCUCGAGCUCGCCGCCGGUGCGGCCGGGCUGGCGUCUAGCUCGGUCGUUGCCUGGUCCCUCUACACGCUCAAGACAACGGGCUGCGGCCUCCCACCGGGCCCCGGUGGCGCUCUCGGCGCAGCGGAGGGUGUUAGCUACCUUGUGGUGGCGGCGCUGAUUGGGUGGUCGCUGACGACGAAGGUGCGCACAGGGUCGGGCCUCCCGGCCGGGCCGUUCGGACUCCUCGGCGCCGCAGAGGGCGUGUCGUAUCUAGCUGCCGCUGCCAUUGCUGUCGUCUUCGGGUUCCAGUUCUUCGAGGUUGGGUCGCUCCCGGGUCCAUUGCCAUCGGACCAGUGUUUUGGCUAGGUGGGAUUUUGGGAACUCACAUGUUUUCGUGAGUUGAAUAUGUUAUUAGUAACUGAACAUACUACCCUGUUAAUCUUAGUUUUGUGCAAUUAUCGUGCUCAAUUCCGAUGCUUUUCUGCUGGAAGAUUCCAAAUCAAAAUCAUAUAUCAUAAUAAAUUUCAUGAGCCUAUGUUGCCUUCU